AAAGGACUGUCAACGUCUUUUAUAUUAGCAGACAAUGUAAUAUAGUUAGGGAUUAGAUCCUGGUGUUCUAGAUAGAUAGUGUUUUGAAGUAUUUUUUUUUAAUAGCUAAUUAAAACUGCUGAAAAUCAGCAUUAGUGAUCAGCGACUUGUUUUUACUCUUCUAGGGUAAAUAAAUAAAUUGAAAACUAUAAGACAUAAUGGAAGAGGAUGAAGAAGAUAAAGAGCUUUUAAAAAUAAGAAUGAAUACAUUAAAAACCAUGAUAAGAAAACUGAAGGACAAGAAUCAUUCACCAAAAAAAGCAAGUGGAUCGUCUUGUGAUUUUAGAAGGAAAACCGAAACCAUUGUUGGACAUUGUGAGAAUGUGGCUCCAAGCAAAUCUGCAUGUGUCAGCAGAUACAAGUUUGAGAAACCUUUGCUCAAAUCUAUAAACAUUGAAAUAACAAAAAAGUCAGAAUAUAUGCCUCCUCAAUCUCACUCCAUGCAAUCUACAGACUCCUUACAAAGUCGCUACAAAUGGGACAAAUCGUCAAAAAUUCCACAAAAAAUAAAUACCAUGCGACAAGUGGAUGUGAAUGUUAGUAAACAUAAAAAUAGAAAGAUGGUUAGCAAGUUUAAAGUUGUUAAUAGUGUGUCAGAUCAUAGAAAAGUACCCACUAGGACUUCCACGCAACUAGAACUAAAAUCAACAUUGGUAAAACAGAAUCAAAACAAAACAGCAAAGCCGGUUGUUCGUUUAAAAUAUAAACUAGUCAAUGAAAGCUGCCAACAUGAGGAGACAAAACUGUUCAAUAAAAAGUCUUGUUUUGCAUGGCACAAAACUGAUAGCCCUACUAAAGAUGCUGUGUUUCCUUACCCAAAAACCUUUAUAAAUUCGCAACAUGACAAUUCUUUCAUUCGUAGAAGAUAUAAUGUUACAAGAACAAAGCUCGUGCAAUCAAGAUACAAAACAGCUGGUCAUUUACCUCUCAAUAAAUUUCAUCAAAUAUCUUCUUAUCAAAUGUCGAAAAGGAGAAAGAGCUUUGCUGCAAGGAGGCUUAAAUAUGUCAUGUCACUCUCCGCUGUACCACACAAAAGUUCUUCACAACACGACCAAAAUUCCUCAAGUAAAAGCAUAAUAUUGUCACGACAUGGAACUAAUUAUAAAGUGGCUGGAAACUUCAGAUCACUGCGCAGGUUGUCUGACAGUGUUGAAAAGCCACUCUCCAAAAAACAAAUAAAACCGAUUAUCAAGCAAACUAAAUUCAAGUUACAACGUUCGAACUCUUUGAAUGCAAAAAAGUACAAUGUCACUAAGAGGCAAAUAGCAAGUAAAGUGAUUCGAAAGUCUUUAACGCAAGCUCAACGAAAGAAGGUGAACAAAACAAAAUACUGCUUAUUUUACAACAGAUUCGGAAAAUGCAAAAGAGGGAAGAAAUGUAGGUACAUACACGAUCCUGAAAAAAUAGCAGUAUGCACAAGAUUUUUGAGGGGUACAUGCAAAGGUGGAGACUGCGUCUUUUCGCAUAAAAUAGAUCCCAAAAAGAUGCCAGUUUGUUCGUAUUUUCUCUUGGGCAAAUGUGCGAAAGAUGACUGUCCUUAUAGACACGUUAAUGUUGGUGAGUCGGCGUCUGUUUGUGGAGACUUUCUCAAUGGGUAUUGCCCUAAAGAAGAACAGUGUACGAAAAAGCAUGUGUUGGAGUGUGUUGAAUAUUCGCAAAAAGGUCACUGCGAUAACGGGAAAGCCUGUAAAAUGAUACAUCGUGUUAAACUACCAUCUGGGAAGCGUCACCACAACACAUCGUCUGGAGCAAAAAAACCGAAAGGAUAUAAGCCCAAACGUCGUAAAAUCAGAAUGGACUCGCAAACUGCAGUAAUCGAGUCGGAACCUCUUCUUGCCUCUCCGUUACAAGCAAAAGGUAAACUUCAUUUGAUCCCAAAAUUUAUCAGUGACAAGAUCAGUGCUCAAAGUAAUGAUAGCCAACCUAGUGUAAUCCGUAAUUUGUUCACUUCAACACCGUCUUCUGAAAUACAAUAUACUGACGAAUAUUGUGGUGACGAUGUUGGAACGGAAAGCAAAGCUGAGGAGAGUUUUAUCUCACUUGCAAUGUCAUCCGAUUCGGAAAGUGAAGGCGAAUAUAAAGGUCGUAUCUCAAGAACGUUUUCCUUCAAAGAGCAAGAUUUUAUUGCGCUUUAAAGCAGGUUUGUAUACCUUAGGGGGAUUGCUUGCGAAAUAUUGCGAUAAAAAAUACAUAUAAUUUUUGGCAAGAAAACUUAUUUCUACUCAUUAAUAUUGUUUCACUAUACAGAUUGUUUUACAAGGCUUCUCUUUCUACUAUUAUUUCAGCUGACUGUUUUAAAUCUAUUUUAUGUUGCAGGAGAGGUUAGUGUAAAUGCUUCUUAUUAUAAGAAUAAAUAAAUGAACUUAGAAA